AUGUUGAGACAAGUGACACCGGAGAAAGUUAUCCACAUUGUUUGGCUUAGUGCUGCUUUAUCUUUCUGUUGGCCGCUUCCUAUUAGUAGCAGCAGAACUCGAGUCCUUGGUUUCAGAAUUCUACAAAUAAGUGCAAUUAUUAGUGCUUGCAUGUUACUACUGCCUAUGUUAUAUUCGAUUUAUUUGCACCCUGACGACCUGGUCGUUGUUUUCAAAUGUAUGUGCAUGUCAACAGCUUUGUGUCAACUUAUCGUUCAGACUACUAUGUGUUGGAUUAAGCAAGACUCUCUACAACGUACAGUUAGAGAAAUGAUGACUUAUGUUAAAGAAACGCAACAGUAUGAAAAGGAAAUUUUCUAUAAAUAUAUCACAAGAUGCGACAUGUUGUGCAUAUGUACCAUAGUAUGUAUGUACGCGACUGCGACUGGUUUUUCAUUGGGACCUGCAAUCUUGCCAAUUUCUUUUCCAGCCGAUGCGGAAUAUCCAUUUCGCGUUAAUUAUACGCCAAUGAAUAUUAUUAUAUAUGCGCAUCAAUCUAUUCUUAGCUACCAAUGCGCUGCACACAGUUGCGUGAGCAUAUUUGGAGCGCUAUUGCUUUGGUUCACAGCCGCAAGAUUCGAAUGUUUGACUGUGGAAUUAGAAAAAAGUACAAGUAUCAAUACGCUAAUUGUUUGCAUUAAAAAGCAAUUAUCUUUAAGGAGGUACGCAGAGGAAGUGCUAAAUAAUUUCCGUAUUAUGGUACUUUUUUCAAUAAUAAUAAGCACACUUGUCUUGACUUUUGGUGGAAUUAUAUUAAUUGUGAAUUCACCACUACUUCUAAAACUGCAGUUCGUAAUCGUAUCUCUCACUGUACUUACGGAAGUUUUCAUGUACGCAUGGCCUGCUGACUACUUAAGAGAAAUGAGCGCAAAUGUUUCACGAAGUGCAUACAACUUGAUAUGGUAUAAACAGACGUUAGAAAUACAAAAGAAUUUACUAAACGUAUUAGUAUUUCAAGAACCCGUAACUUUGUCUGUCAGUUGCGUGUUACCAGAGCUCUCUCUCCGCUAUUAUUGUUCGUAUCUAUCCAAUGCCAUGUCCAUCUUCACCGCUUUGCGUGCCGCGAUAGGAGAUAAUUCUACAUAAGCGUAUCCAGAGUAUUAAUUUUAUCAUAUAAUGAAGUUUUUAUUACGAUUAUGAUUAGCAUCACGAUUACGAAGUAAGUUCCGCAAUUAGUAAAAUGUCAACGCUAUAAUAUCGGUGAAAACUAAUUGUAAUACUUAUAUCAAACUUUGAACUUGUUGCGUAAUGCACAAAUAGGCGAAUAAACAGGUAUCACUGUUAAAAAAUGUGACUCUGUAUAUUGUAACAGUUACAUAAUUUAUAAUUAGUUGCAUGAUUGAUGACUAGUUAAAAUUCUUGUUCCAUUAUUCGUAAUAUUAUGAUUAAUACAAAGUGUUUUCUUUGUAACAAUCGGAUACUUUACAUCUGUUAUAGCUGAGCGUAUAUGUUGAA